AUGUCGCAAAUGAUCUCAAGGCCAUCAUGGCUCACUGUUGCUGUGCUAGCACUGCUAGCAGUAUCAGCUGUCAAUGCUGCCCCAGUUCGUGCAUCAACGCAAGAAAUGGAGGCAGAGCAGCCGACUAAAGUUGAAUCUCGCUCUCCUCGACUGAUCCCCGACACUGAAGGGUACAUCCUUGACCUCUUGCAAGGGCUAGGCCUAGACGAGCCAGAGAAAACACGAACCGGUACACCAACCACAGCAGUCAUGAAAACCGAACAAGGCCAGCCGGAGAAUGAAACAGCCACACCAACUACACAUAUUACCUACUCCAGCUCCGUGAGCUACACGCCUACCUACGGGAGCAACGGUGCGGGCUACACGCACACAGUCAAGCACGAGGAAAGCAGCAACAAGCCCAUUGAGAACGUUCAGAUCCUACCUGGAUGGGGUAGCAACAAGAAGAUCACUUCUGAAGACUUUCCACGUCUCUUUGAGGCUAUGUACAAGGAAGUAAAGCACCGGAUUGGCAAUGUUAUUGAUAGCUCUGAUGAGAUUGGCUUGGAUGGGUUUAUCCGAGGUGGAUGA